AUGUCACUUGGAAGGGUGUUUUUCGUUCUUGUUUUGUUCUCACUUGCUCAUGGCAAUGAAGAUGGAUGGAUUGAUGCUCAUGCCACUUUCUAUGGAGGUGGUGGUGCUUCUGGAACAAUGGGAGGGGCUUGUGGAUAUGGGAAUUUAUACAGCCAAGGGUACGGGACUGACACGGCGGCAUUGAGCACAAUAUUGUUCAACAAUGGGCAGAGUUGUGGGGCUUGUUUUGAGAUUAAAUGUGUGAAUGACCAAAAGUGGUGCCUCCCAGGCUCUAUUGUGGUCACUGCCACCAAUUUCUGCCCUCCAAAUUAUGCACUCCCAAAUCAUGCCGGUGGGUGGUGCAACCCACCUAACCACCACUUUGACCUCUCUCAGCCUGUCUUUCAGAAAAUUGCUCAAUACCAAGCUGGAAUUGUUCAAGUUAGUUACAGAAGGGUACCCUGCCAAAGGAGGGGUGGCAUUAGGUUCACAGUCAAUGGUCAUUCUUACUUCAACCUAGUCUUGAUCACCAAUGUUGGAGGUGCAGGUGAUGUCCAAGCAGUUUCAGUUAAAGGUUCAAGGACUGGUUGGCUAUCCAUGUCCCGAAAUUGGGGGCAAAAUUGGCAAAGCAAUGCUGAUCUUGACGGUCAAAGCCUCUCUUUCAAAGUUACCACUAGUGACGGCCACACGGUGGUCAGUGACAAUGCCAUCCCCACCGGUUGGUCCUUCGGCCAAACUUUCACCGGUGGACAAUUCACUUGA